CUUUCCAUCGAUUACGAUUAUAUUUUCCUCUGACAGAGAAAAGAAAAGAAAAUCCCAAGUGAAACUUAAAUUAUUAGCAAUCAAAUAUAGAAAGAUUGAGAAAGGAAAGUGAAAAUCCAAGGGUCUUCUUUUUAAGAGCGAUCUGAGCGGUUAGACGCUACAAAUGGGGACUCUUCAAACAUGGAGAAAAGCGUAUGGCGCUCUUAAAGAUUCCACCAAAGUCGGUCUCGCUCAUGUCAAUAGUGAUUACGCUGACUUGGAUGUGGCUAUAGUUAAAGCCACUAACCAUGUUGAGUGUCCUCCUAAAGAAAGUCAUCUUAGAAAAAUAUUGUUAGCCACAUCAGCGGUUCGGCCUCGAGCAGAUGUUGCUUAUUGCAUUCAUGCGCUUUCCCGCCGAUUGGCCAAGACUCAUAAUUGGACGGUUGCAUUGAAAACUCUUAUAGUUAUCCAUAGGGCUCUGAGGGAGGGUGAUCCCACUUUCAGAGAAGAACUUUUAAACUUCUCGCAAAGAGCACGCAUUCUUCAACUUUCUAAUUUCAAGGAUGAUUCUAGCCCUAUCGCAUGGGAUUGCUCUGCCUGGGUGCGUACAUAUGCAUUAUUUUUGGAAGAAAGACUUGAAUGCUUUAGGAUUCUGAAGUAUGACAUUGAAGGUGAGCUUCUCCCAAGACCUUCGCAGGGGAAGGAUAAGGGUUACAGCAGAACAAGGGAAUUGGACAGCGAAGAGUUGUUGGAGCAGUUGCCUGUUCUGCAGCAAUUGCUUUAUCGUCUCAUUGGUUGCCGGCCGGAAGGUUCUGCUGUAGUAAACUACGUUAUACAGUAUGCCUUGGCUCUGGUAUUAAAAGAGAGCUUCAAAAUAUAUUGUGCUAUUAAUGAUGGAAUUAUCAAUCUUGUUGACAAGUUUUUUGAGAUGCCUAGACAUGAAGCUGUCAAAGCACUUGAUGUAUACAAGCGAGCUGGUCAACAGGCUAAUAGCCUUUCUGAUUUCUACGAAGUUUGCAAAGGAUUGGAACUUGCUAGGAACUUCCAGUUUCCUGUUCUUCGGGAGCCUCCACAAUCUUUUCUUGCUACCAUGGAAGAGUACAUUAGAGAGGCACCACGUGUGAUUUCUGUCCCCACGGAACCGUUGCUUCAAUUAACAUACAGACCUGAGGAAGGUCCUUCUGAAGAUAAAAUAUCAUCCAAUGAUGAACCUGAACCAUCUGCACCUGCUGAUGAUGUUCCUGUUUCCAGUGUCGAGACUGCUCCCCCUCCCCCUCCAGCACCUCAUACCAACUUGGACACUGAUGAUUUACUUGGAUUGAAUGAUUCUGCACCCAAUGCCUCAGCAAUUGAGGAAAGUAAUGCUUUAGCACUAGCCAUUGUUCCAAAAGAAUCUGAUACUGCUUUGACAUUUAAUUCUAGUGCCGGUCAACCAAAAGAAUUUGAUCCUAAUGGAUGGGAACUUGCCCUCGUCACAACACCAAGCACUGAUAUUUCUGCACCAACUGAAAGGCAAUUGGCUGGUGGAUUGGACUCACUCACUCUCAACAGUCUAUACGACUCAGCUGCAUAUACAGCUUCCCAGCAGCCAGUAUAUGGGACUGCAGUACCGAAUCCGUUUGAGGUACAGGAUCCAUUUACUGUGUCGAAUAACAUUGCUCCCCCUACAGCAGUUCAAAUGGCAGCAAUGGCUCAACAGCAAAACAAUCCUUUUGGUUCUUACCAACCUACCUAUCCGUUGCCUCAACAGCAGCAGCAGCAACAUUUGAUGAUGAGCCCGUCAAAUCCUUUUGGUGAUGCAGGUUUUGGGGCAUUUCCGGUGAACCAAAUGGUCCCUUAUGCUGAACCACAUGCAAACAAUCCAUUUGGUAGAAGCACCGGCCUAUUGUAAUGUUAAAUAUGAAUAGUCAAUCUGUGUGUUUUUGGUCGGUGCAAUCGUUUUCGAUGUCGUUUGAAGAUGAGAAGCAUGUGGAAAGGAUGAAUGGGUCAUCGUCAGUGUUCUGUAUUUGUGUGGGUUAUAUAAGUCGAGUGUUGAGUUCACGAAAAAAAUCAGCAAGUGGAUAUUUAAAGAUGUGAUGAUAUAACCUUUUUGGUA